GCGUUGGCCGACAGCGCCGAUGACGAAGACGAGGACCAGACCGAUGAUGGCCUCAAAGAGAGGAGAGAAGGUGUAAGGGAGCUAGCCGACGUGGACGUGCGGAGGAAGGGCGAGAGGUUGGAGGUUGGAUAAGAAGGGGCGGCGGCGGAAGAAGGAGCAGAAGUACAAAAAGCAAGGGCAAGAGGUAAGGGCAAGGUAGAGAAAAGGCAGGCGCAGGAGCAGGAGCAAGAACAGGAAGUAAGAGAGCACAGGCAAGAGCCAGGUAAAUUGCACAAGCGCAGGCAAGAGCAACAGGCCUAGGCGAGAGCCACGACAAAUGGCGAGAAUAGAAAGAAGAGAAAGAAGAGGGGAUGGAGGAAGGAAGAGAAGUCGGCAAGCACGCGUGAUGACAAGAGAAGAAUAUUAAGAGGACACCCACCUCAGGUCAUCCAUCAAUCAAGCAAUCGUAGAGCCGAGCCAAGGCAUGCCAUGGUACGGACUGGUCAUCAAAUCAAAUCGUCACCAGCUCUGGAGCUCCCCAGCCAAGUCGGGCUCGUCUGCGUCGUCCUCAGGGCGCUCCAAGUCUCAAGUCUCCAGCCUCCGCCGGCCAUCGUCUGUCGAACAAGCAGGCGCAUGGCCAAAUCAUCGGCGCAGCGUCGGAUGAGCCGCCCUCUGCUGGGGGCACGCAAAGCUCCUCGAGGCACGCACCCGCAUACACGCUACGAGUCGCAUGCUGGCAGGAAUUUUCGUCCUUGGACCGCCAACAAUCUCCACGGCGGACAUUGCUGUUAUUGGCAGACCUGCUUGCUUAGCCUCCAUGUACUGUGUCGUCGCACGUACUCCGUGCUAGCAGCCAUAAGACACCUCAUUCAUCUCGCGAGAGACUAGUUAGGUUGCAAGUGGGCAAUACAUGCCGAGCCCGUGCGUGCGAAGACGCCUGGGCGACAAAUACGGCCAUUUGCAUGUAUACGUACAUGGCGGCGCGGGGCACAGAAAUGCAACUGCUGUGGAUCAAUAAAAUCAUACCAGCCAUGGGAGGGAAGCCAAAGCCGAAAGUCUGAGGAGGCUUUUGAAACCAACGCCUAGCCCGAUGGAAGAACAAAAGGGCAGGUUGGGCUUCUCACCUGAUAAGCUGCAUCCCAUUGCCUGACGUGCUGGUCGUGGGCCCAGGCUUCAGGCCAUCCAAAGCAGUAGCGGCACGAAUCAACCAGUCGACUUCUCUGCAGUCAAUAUGUGCUAACGAAGCAAGCACAAGGGGAGCCAGGAAA